CUGUUCCAUCGAUUUUUCUUCACUCGUAAAUUCUAGAUCAGAUCACACAGCUGAAGUUGACACUUUUAUUUCAACUCGAUUCCUAGUUCGAUAUCGGUCCUUCAUCCCGGCGAUUAAGUCUAGCGAUUUGCAAUCAAACCCAUAUUAUUGAUUCCAUUGGGAUUGGCGGCUGAGUUACUGAAACAAGAAGAAGAUCAUCAAAUAAAAUAUUUCAAGAACAUGGGUUCUUUGAAGGGGGGAGAAGAGAACUUAGAGACCAUCGAUGAAGAAGCAAAGGAGGCUAUAUUGUACGUUAAUGGGCUCCGUCGGAUUCUUCCAGAUGGAUUAGCUCACAUGACUCUUCUCGAGUAUCUCAGAGAUGUGGGCUUAACGGGGACAAAGCUUGGAUGUGGAGAAGGUGGUUGUGGAGCUUGCACAGUAAUGGUAUCUCAGUUUGAUCAAAAUAUUAAGAAAUGCGUGCACUACGCGGUUAAUGCUUGCUUAGCUCCAUUGUAUUCUGUUGAAGGGAUGCAUGUGAUUACAGUUGAAGGAGUUGGAAACCGUAAACGUGGUUUGCAUCCUCUUCAGGAAUCACUAGCCCAGUCACAUGGUUCACAAUGUGGAUUCUGCACACCUGGUUUUAUUAUGUCUAUGUAUGCAUUAUUGAGGUCAAGUGAAACAUCCCCAACCGAGGAGGAGGUUGAAGAGUGCCUAGCUGGAAAUCUCUGUAGAUGCACUGGUUACCGACCUAUUAUAGAAGCAUUUCGUGUCUUUGCAAAAACUGACAAUUUGCCAUAUACUAAUACAUCUCCGCAAAAGGUUCCAACCGAAGGUUUUAUUUGCCCUUCAACGGGGCAGCCUUGCUCAUGCAAAUCAGAAAAUUCUGCCAAAACCCAACAUCCAAUCACACAUAGUAAGAUUGAUGGAAGCAUGUAUACAGACAAGGAACUCAUUUUUCCUCCAGAGUUGUUAAUGAGAAAGCUUAUGUGUUUGAAUUUGAGUGGGUGUAAUGGAAUUAAGUGGUAUAGAUCUUUGCGGCUUCAACAUCUGUUAGACUUAAAAUCAAGGUAUCCAGAGGCAAAGCUUGUGAUUGGUAACACAGAGGUAGGGAUUGAAAUGAGGUUAAAGAAUUUGCAAUAUAAAGUUUUGAUAUGUGUUUCACAUGUAGCUGAAUUAAAUAAACUGAGCACGAAUGAGGACGGUAUGAAAAUCGGUUCUGCAGUUAGACUGUCAGAGCUGGCGAAAUUUUUCAAAAGGAUGAUAAAAGAACGAGCUGUUCACGAGACUUCAUCAUGCAGAGCCUUCGUUGAACAGAUUAAAUGGUUUGCUGGAACACAGAUUAAAAAUGUCGCCUCUGUUGGUGGGAAUAUCUGUACAGCAAGUCCAAUAUCGGACCUCAAUCCUUUAUGGAUUGCAGCUGGCGCUAGUUUUCAUAUUAUUGAUUGUAAAGGUAACACGAGAGUAGUAGCGGCGGAGAAGUUUUUCCUUGGGUAUCGAAAAGUUGAUCUGGCUAGAGAUGAAAUUUUAUUCUCGAUAUUUCUACCUUGGACUAAGCCACAUGAGCAUGUGAAAGAAUUCAAACAGGCACAUAGAAGAGACGAUGAUAUUGCAAUUGUUAAUGCUGGAAUGCGUGUUUUCCUUGAAGAAGUGGAUAAUGGGAAAUGGGUAGUUUCAGAUGCUUCGAUCGCAUAUGGUGGAGUUGCUCCAUUUUCUCUUUCGGCUGCUGCAGUCAAGGAAUUUCUCAUUGGGAAGAGUUGGGAUGAUGACUUGCUAAAAGGUGCUUUAGAAGCACUGGGUAAGGAUGUUUUGCUCAAAGAUGAUGCCCCGGGUGGGAUGAUAGAGUUUCGGAAAUCUUUAACACUGAGUUUCUUCUUCAAAUUCUAUCUGUGGGUAUCUCACCAAAUGGGGGAGAAAUCUUCCUUCCAGAAGAAUAUUCCGGAAUCUCAUCUAUCAGCCGUUCAACCAUUCCAUCGCCCCCCUGUUGUUGGAAGUCAGGACUUUGAAGUUAUAAAACAUGGGACUUCCGUUGGAUCUCCAGAGGUUCAUCUCUCUGCUAAACUUCAGGUUACUGGAGAGGCCGAAUACACUGAUGAUACACCCAUGCCAGCUGGUGCCUUACACGCAGCUUUAGUAAUGAGUCGCAAGCCACAUGCUCGAAUUCAUUCUAUAGAUGAUUCAAAAGCCAAGUCCGCACCAGGUUUUGAAGGGAUAUUUUUUGAUAAAGAUAUUCCCGGUGGUAAUAUGAUUGGAGCUAUUAUUGCUGAUGAAGAACUCUAUGCAAAAGAAAUCGUCACUUGCAUUGGACAGGUCAUUGGAGUUGUUGUUGCUGAUACCCAUGAACAUGCGAAACUGGCUGCAAGAAUGGUUAACAUUGAGUAUGAAGAUCUCCCAGCCAUUUUGUCAAUAGCUGAUGCCCUCAAGCAUAACAGUUUCUUCACUAAUACAGAGAAAAAAUUGAUCAAAGGAGAUGUAGAUGCAUGUUUUGAAUCAGGACAAUGUGACAGGAUCAUAGAGGGGGAAGUUCAGGUAGGAGGCCAAGAACACUUUUACCUGGAGCCAAAUAGCAGCUUAGUUUGGACAGUGGAUUGUGGCACUGAGGUUCAUAUGAUUUCUUCUACUCAAGCUCCUCAAAAGCACCAACAAUAUGUUUCACAUGUCCUUGGCCUUCCUCUGUCAAAAGUUGUUUGCAAAACUAAGCGCAUUGGUGGUGGUUUUGGUGGAAAAGAGACCAAGUCUGCUUUUCUUGCUGCAGCAGCUGCUGUUCCGUCAUAUCUGUUAAAUAGACCAGUGAAGAUCACAUUGGAUCGGGAUGUAGAUAUGAUGAUAACUGGCCAGCGCCACAGCUUUCUUGGAAAAUACAAGGUGGGAUUUACAAACAAUGGGAAAGUGUUGGCCCUUGAUCUAGAAAUAUACAAUAAUGCUGGAAAUUCACUUGAUUUAUCUCUUUCGGUACUUGAGCGUGCCAUGUUUCAUUCAGACAAUGUCUACGAUAUACCAAAUGUAAGAAUAAAGGGGAAUGUGUGCUUCACUAAUUUUCCUAGUCAUACGGCCUUUCGUGGUUUUGGAGGUCCUCAAGGUAUGAUGAUUACCGAAAACUGGAUUCAUAGAAUAGCAAUGGAACUUGAAAAAUGUCCAGAAGAAAUUAGAGAAAUAAAUUUUCAAAGUGAGGGGUCUGUAUUACACUAUGGUCAGAAACUUGAAAACUUUACCCUACAACGACUUUGGGAAGAACUGAAGUCAUCUUCCAACCUCUUGAAAGCUCGCGAAGAAAUCCAACAGUUUAAUCGUUGUAACAGGUGGAAGAAACGAGGAAUUGCUAUGAUACCAACAAAAUUUGGUAUCUCUUUCACAACAAAGUUUAUGAACCAGGCGGGUGCCCUUGUCCAUGUAUAUACCGAUGGAACCGUUCUAGUCACACAUGGAGGCGUGGAGAUGGGACAAGGCUUACAUACAAAAGUCGCUCAAGUUGCUGCUUCUUCCUUCGGUAUUCCUCUCAGUUCUGUGUUUAUAUCAGAGACGAGCACUGAUAAGGUUCCAAAUUCCUCUCCAACUGCAGCUUCUGCAAGUUCUGAUUUUUACGGAGCUGCAGUUUUAGAUGCUUGCGAUCAAAUAAAAGCACGGAUGGAACCAGUUGCCUCGAAGAAGAAAUAUGAAUCUUUUCGUGAGCUAGCAAAAGCAUGCUACAUGGAACGGAUAGAUCUGUCAGCUCAUGGGUUUUACAUAACUCCUGAUAUCGGCUUUGACUGGGUAACUGGAAAAGGAAAGCCAUUCUCGUACUUCACCUAUGGAGCUGCAGUUGCAGAGGUUGAGAUCGACACAUUAACCGGGGAUUUCCAUACAAGAACUACUGAUAUUUGCAUGGAUCUAGGACAUUCCAUUAAUCCAGCCAUUGAUGUUGGACAGAUAGAAGGAGCUUUCAUACAAGGACUAGGAUGGGUAGCUCUAGAGGAGUUGAAAUGGGGAGAUCCAGCUCAUAAGUGGAUUUCACCUGGUGCUUUAUAUACAUGCGGUCCUGGAAGCUAUAAGAUACCUUCUCUCAAUGAUGUCCCAUUCAAAUUCAGUGUUUCUCUUCUCAAGAGAGCUCCAAACCCGAAGGCAGUCCAUUCAUCAAAAGCAGUUGGGGAGCCUCCCUUUUUCCUGGCAUCAGCCGUUUUCUUUGCCAUCAAGGAUGCCAUUAUCGCUGCAAGAGAAGAAACAGGGCAUCAUGGUUGGUUCCCUCUUGAUAAUCCAGCCACUCCAGAACGGAUACGGAUGGCUUGUUUAGAUCAAUUCAUCACACAGUUCGUGAAGCCAGAUUUCCACCCCAAGCUCAGUGUUUGACGCCCUAUUUUGUUUUUCUGAAAAUCGUUUGGGCCAGAUUUCCACCCCAAGCUCAUUGUUUGACGCCCUAUUUUGUUUUUUUGAAAAUCGUUGGGGUGAAAACUCGAACCCCUAACGCCUAAGGACAUGAGUUCGUGUGCUCUACCACUAAAAAUUGUCCAAGCUCAGUGUAUUUAUCUUUGAAGAUCUUACAUUAUGUAAUAUGAACUCGUGAAUACUUGUAAAAUAACAUAAAUAAUGGAUCAAUAUGACAAUUUGAAUUAAUUUAUGAUUGUAAUAAAGCUUUAAUCAUCUGAGGAA